CGUUUUAGGCUCUCCGCUUAUUCCCCGUUGUAACUAAAUACCGCGGUACGAACAGCUGAAGUCCUUUGUUGGAAAUGUGCGAUCGCAGUCUCUACAGAUCGGGCUACGUUGGGUCUCUCUUGAAUUUGCAAGGGCCGGAUUCCUUUUAUUUCCCUAACUUGCGGACUAAUGGCAGUCAGUUGGCGGCUCUGCCCACCAUUCCCUACCCCCGAACCUCGCUGCCCUGGACUUGCUCAAGUUCGUGUACGGCUCAGCCUCAGAGCCCUGCUUUCAGCAGCUCCUCGCAGCCUUACCUUACGGGCUCCGUUCCCAUCAACAUCAGUUCCAACAGCAGCAAAGAGUGCCUGGAAGAAAACAAUAAAUACUACGCCCACGAAGCAGGCUCCAAACAGGAGGAAAGAGGCAGGCAGAGGCACUCUUUUGCCAAUGAACCAAGUAUUACUCAUCCAGCCCACUUAAAGCCAGCUAAGUAUGACCACUCCAGCCUGCAGAGGGGUUUACAGGGCUCCUCGGCUCUUUUUGAAGUGAAUUCCUCUACUUCAAGCUUAAAGGAGGACAUCAAGAAUUCGGUCAACUUGAACCUGACAGUGCAGCCUUCCGCAGUCCAGCCAUGUCUGAGACCUUCAGUGCAGGAUGGUAUGCCUUGGUGUCCCGCCCAGGGAAGAUUAAGAAAGAAACGGAAACCUUACACAAAACAACAAAUUGCGGAAUUGGAAAACGAGUUUCUCCUCAAUGAGUUUAUUAACCGGCAGAAGCGGAAAGAGCUAUCAAACAGACUGAAUUUAAGCGAUCAACAAGUUAAAAUUUGGUUUCAAAACCGACGGAUGAAAAAGAAAAGAGUAGUAAUGCGUGAGCAGGCGCUAUCUAUGUACUAGACAAAAGUCUUGCCAUUCCUAUAAUGAACUUGUCUUUUGCAUCUCUAGAGUAGAGUGUAUUCCCGAUGAAAACCUCAUUAGUAUUAUUGAAAGAAAUUCUAGAAGCUCUAAGCAAACCUUUGGGGCGUUUGUAAAUUAGCAAAUACUGAAUCCUUGGCCAAAAGGAAGAAAGUAAACACACGAAAAGGCUACAAAGACCUGUAUUAUCAGCUCUUAUAUUUUAUUUCCCUUUAUAAUAGAUCUUCUUCUACUUCUUUUUUCUUUGCUUGCAGGAUGAGCUGUGCUGAGCUAAGAUCAAUUUCUCUAACUGUAUGUAAACAUAAUUUUGCAGAAAAAUAAAGGAACAUUG